AUGGUCUGCACCGGCGCCCACGCCGCUCUUCUCUUCGCCGUGGCGUACCACCCACGCCUCAGCCACCCUGGCGGCAUGCUGCGAGCGAGAGCGCCUGCUGUGUCACUGACGGCCGAACAGGAGGAGCAGCAGCGGUCUUGGCAGAGGGUUCAGAGGUCUGCUUCGGAGCGGUUUCUGCCGCGGCUGGACGUGCUCCGCUCCGGCGAGGCACCGGCACCGUGGCGGCUGCCUCCGGCGUACCGCGCGAUGCUCGCGCAGCUGCUCGUCAACGCGGCGACGGGGGAUGAGGGAGCCUUGGCGGCGCGGCGUGCGUGGGAUGCGUUCGUCUUUGCUCUCCGGUACCACCGCCGCCAGUACCGCGCCUCGGGCGAGCCGUACGUCGCCUCGAUGCUCGCCAAGGCGGAGGCGGACCUCCCCUCCAUCAUGACGGGACUUCUGCACGACACCGUCGAAGACACCGGCGCGACACUCGAGCUCGUCACCGAGCGAUUCGGCCCCGAGCAGCACCCCCCGCCCCCAUAG